UUCAUAAUGUGUGGCUCAUACGCAUUUAACAUACUGUUUAGUAUCACAUUCAUGGUUAUUCUCUUUGGUUGUCUAUGUGAGGCGAGAGUAAAUGUUACUAUCAUCAAUGAUAUUGGUCCAAAUGUUCAAUUGGGACUACACUGCAAAUCGAAGAACAAAGAUCUCGAUUCACAAUCAUUACCCCCGUAUAAACCCUGGGGAUUUAUAACAGCUAUUAACUUUUGGGGCACAACGAGUUUUUUUUGUCACUUUGAAUGGGGAAGUGAAUCGAAAUGGUUUGAAAUUUUUGUAACUAGCAGAGAUUAUUAUUUAUGUAAACAUCAUCCGUGUUUUUGGAGUAUAAGACCUGAUGGUCCAUGUAGAUUAACAGGUAAAGAAAAAUGUUAUCCUUGGAAUGCUAAUAUUUGA